CUCUGCAAACAGUCAGUGUCCAUCUCUGGCCUCAUUCCAACGUCCAGCCUGCAGGUCUUCCAGCGGCGCUCCAUGCUGCACCUGCCAGACAGCGCACUGGGCGAGGAUCGCACCACCACCGCGGCCAACGGCAUCAACCGCCGCGCUGCAACGCUUUACAACCAGUUCACCCCCAAGAGCGAGGAGAACAGGUCAUACGAGGGGAUCCUGUAUAAACGCGGGGCGCUGCUGAAAGGAUGGAAACCUCGCUGGUUCGUGUUGGACAUCACAAAACACCAGCUGAGGUACUACGACACAGGGGAGGACACUAACUGCAGGGGCCACAUCGAUCUGGCAGAGGUGGAGUCAGUGAUGAUCGCCGCGCCCACUAUAGGAGCACCCAAACACAUCAGUGAAAAGGCGUUCUUUGACCUGAAGACCAGCAAGCGAGUCUACAACUUCUGCGCCUCAGACGCGCCCAGCGCUCAGCUGUGGAUGGACAAGAUCCAGAACUGCAUCUCUGACGCCUGAACACUGAGGUCAUGUCACGAACAUCACAGGCAGCGUGAGGUGGCGGAGACGUGACGACCCGCUCAACUCAGCUUUCACGUGUCUUUACAUUUGGGGACCACCGAGAACAAAGUGCCUGGGAGCGGAGGAUAAUCCAUCCAACCUCUCCGCCCGUGACUCAGCAGCCGAUCAGGCCAGUUCCACACUCUGCCUCGGUGGGAGUCAACACGUUCGUAUGUGCCGUCAGCUCCCUCCUCUGUGCCUGCGACAGGGAUGAAGUGAAGAUGAGCUGACGUUUUAGGGGACUGCACUACCAAGGAGAUGUUAUCCUGCUUAAGCUGUUAACUAGAUCAAAGCAAUAUCACUGGCCAAUCAAACUGUGGGUUCAAUAUUAGACUUUUAAAAUAUAAAGAAAAUAACCUUUUAGAGAAUUUCUAUCAGAUAUUUUACUACGAGGACAGGUUAUUGCUGCUUGAAAAUGAACCGCCAAAAACUCAGAUUUUAAUGCACAACAUCGAGAGGCAAUUUGUUUGCACUUAGCUCUUAAGUAUGCACUCCUUAUCAAAUAUAGAUUUUCUAACAGAUGCAGACGAGGCUAAAGACAUUACUUUACAAUGUACAUAUGACGUUUCCUCAUGACAUGACAAAAGGAAACGAAUUUGCACAGAGUUCAAAAGAGUUACCUG